AAUAGCAUCACAAGCAUGCGCAGAAUGAUGUGGCAAAAAAUGCUAAGGAAGAUAAACUCCGCGCUCUAUAUAAUCAAAAAUUGGUCGUGAUGAUAAAAAAAAAUAAUUUUUGAACAGUGGGUGUUAGAGGCACAUCAGUUGCUGAAGAGUCUUCGGGUAGACAAGAUGUUUUUGGUGCGCAAAAGAUAUUUUAGUGCUAAUCAGCUUCGUUGUUUCACAGCUCAGGCUAAGAGAGCAACUGCAACGGAAUUUGAUGAUGAGGCAAUUCAAGAGAGUUGGAAGGCAGCAAAGCCCUACGAGAGUAUUCCUGGACCAACAACAUAUGGACUCAUCAGGGGCUUCCUUGCUGGUGGACAGUACAGUGGUGUACCAAUGUCGGAGGUUCACAAAUCAAUGAGGAAUCAUUAUGGGCCAAUUUAUAGGCUCAAAGGAACUUUUGGAAAACGAGACAUUGUGGCAGUGUUCGAUCCCAAAGAUUUUGAAGUGGUUUACCGCACAGAAGGAACUUUUCCCAUAAGGAGAGGCCUUGACAGCCUUACGUACUAUCGGAAGGAGUACAGAAAGGAUAAAUAUCCCAUUUCUCUUGGCUUAGUUAGUGAACAGGGACAAGGAUGGUGGGAUCUGAGGCAUAAAGUCAAUGGAGUUAUGAUGAAGCCGCAAGUCACAAAAGGUUACACCUCGGCUGUUGAUGAAGUCAGUUCGGAUUUUGUUAAAAAGCUACACACACUGAGGGAUGCAAAUCUUGAGACACCAGCCAAUUUCCUUCUUCACCUCAAUCUUUGGGCAUUGGAAUCAAUUGCUUACAUCACCAUGAAUAUGCGAUUGGGUCUUCUUGGAGAGAAACCCGAUGAGAGUGUUGACAAAUUAAUGGUUGUUCUCAAAGAAUUCUUCCAGUUGAUGUUUGAAUUAGACUUUCAGCCAUCCAUUUGGAAAUUCUACAAGACACCCAAAUUCAAUCGCUUCAUGGAAAUUAUGGAUUACAUGCAUGAAGUAAUUGGAAAAUUCGUCGAUAAAGGACUUGAGAAUUUGAAGGAAAAUGCCGCAAAGGGAGAGAACGCUGGUCGAGAAAAAGGCGUGCUGGAGAAGCUUUAUGAAAUUGAUAAAGACGUUGCUGUUCUAAUGGCUUUGGAUUCCUUACUAGCAGGAGUUGAUACGACUUCUUCAGCAACCUUCAUGGUCCUCUACAACUUGGCUAAAAAUCCCGAGAAGCAGAACAUCCUCAGGGAAGAACUGCUGAAAAUCCUUCCAGACAAGGACUCUCCAUUAACAGCAGAUAAUAUGAGAAAUAUGCCUUACUUGAGAGCCUCCAUCAAGGAGGCAUUAAGAGUGACGCCAAUAACUAUUGGAAACGUUAGAUCAACGGGCAAGGAUAUUGUUCUGAAAGGAUAUCAAAUUCCUAAAAAUACGGAUGUAUUUAUGAAUAGCUCAAUGAUUUAUACGGAUGAAUACUACUUCCCCGAUGCUGAAUCCUUCAUCCCUGAACGAUGGCUUAGGUCACAGGAGAAACAUGAGAACUACAACCCCUUCACAUAUCUUCCAUUUGGAUUUGGGCAUCGCAACUGUAUUGGACGGAGGUUUGCUGAAUUGGAGAUUGAAUCCUUAACAUCGCGCCUGAUAAGGAAUUACCAUCUUGAGUGGCAUGGCCCUCCCCCAGAGAUACGUCUAUCAACCAUUAAUAUCCCUCAUGGAGACCUCAAAAUGACCCUCAGGGACUAUCAAUAAGUAAAUGUCAAAAUAACACCAAAAGCUUAUAAAUUCAUUAAAGUAAAUUUUAAGAAUUAGCUCCAAAAAAUAUUUUUUUUAUGAGAUUAAAAAAAGAAUAAAAAAUUUUCCACCAAUAAAA